ACCACCGCGCUAACCAGGCAGCUAGCUAGCUAGUUGUUGGAGGGUAACAAAACUACGUCCUAUGUAUAGAUACGUGGCAUUUAGACAUUAAUUCGACAAUAAUGUUCUGCUGGUGAAAAGUUAUGUAUCAAAUAGACACAAGUCGAAUAAUGCGGCUACACACGCUUAUUCAAGAAAAGGCUGCUUCAAUUUGCGUUAGCUAACGUUAACGUUACUUAAGCUACUUAAGUUAGGUUCGGUAUCCAGGCACAAUAACAGUGUCCCCUUGGGUCAUUUAACGUUAAUAUCUAGAAGCAUUUUGAAUCAGUGUUUCCCCGUAUAUAAUAAAUUUAGCAAGCUUGUCGUUGAAGCUAGCUACCAACUAACUUGUAUUUUAUCUUUUGUUUUGGGGAUUUCUGAAUUUCAGUGUGAACUGGUCGACUGAUCAUGCAUCACGUCAAGAUCAAGACUGAGAAGCCAGAUGCAGAGGGGAGUGGUGCACGCAGCCGACUAGAUGCAGUAUUACAGGGGCUGGUAGAGAAGAGUGACAGUGAGAGGGAGCAAAAUGAAGAUGAGACAAAGAUGGCAGAAGAGUCUCUGAGCAAGGAUGUGUCUCCAUCUUCUGCUGGGAAGCGGCAAUUGUCACGGUUCCCACAGCACCGGAGAAAGAAACGGAAAGAGAUGGAUGAUAGCUUAACAGAGAGCAACCAACAUAAACAAAAUGCCUACAUUAUCAAGUUGUUUGACCGCAGUGUGGACCUGGCCCAGUACACCACCAGUACCCCACUUUACCCCAUUUGCCGGGCCUGGAUGAGGAACAACCCGGCGGUCAGAGAGAGAGCUGCAUCCCCAAGCCCCCCACACAGCAUGGGGGAAGAGGAGGCUGCAGACAUGCUCAAUGGUAAGGGACAGAAUGUGUAUCGCCUCCCUCCGCCCACCUCCUGUCCUCUCAACCCUUCUGGAGAUCCUGUCAAUCUGAGGAUCCCGCCCACAGAAAAGCCUAUCGUCAGCAAGUCUACAGAUACAGCUCUUGUCUCUGGUCCCCUCAUAUACAACCACAUAGAACGCUGGAAAAAGAUAAGGCAAAAAUGGAAAGAAGCGUCCAACAAGAAUCAGCUGAGGUAUAGCGAGAGCAUCAAGAUCCUGAAAGAGAUGAAGGAGAUGUACGACCGCUAGCUUGGAAUCCCCCAGGCAGUAUCCCACAGCAGAGGGAGGAGAAAAGAAUAGAGCAGGUAGGAGCCACGAGGAAGUCAUCUACCCCAGGACGCUGCCCUAGUCCUCUCCCCAAGGAGGCCAUUGCGUGUGACAAUGUCAGAGGAGCCUCAUGGAGCCCAUUUUUACCAUAUACUGUCACAUUUAAGGACCCAAAGCCCUCGUUUUGAAAAUGUAGCAAUACUUUCAGCAAGUUGAUGCUUCUGGUGGGCCCAAGUUCACCUGUGACUGGUGUAUUGGGAUUCUAUUUAGAUAAUUAUUACAUUAAUAUUUUUGGUCAUAUUACAGAAUAUCUGGUAAUGCAUUAUAUAGUCUGUUGUCGAUCCCACAAUGUGUCAUGAAAAGUUUGUAAACAGGUUGAGUAGUGUACAACAUUUGUCUAAAUUCUGGGAUACUCCAAAUCAAUUCCAAUGGUAAAUAUUUGUUUUAGGAUCACCAGUUUCCCAGACAAGCAGUGCCCUUGGGAAUAUUUUUUUGCAUAGACGUUCAAAAGAAAAGUCUGACACAUGUCCCUAAUUUAAAGUAAGUAAACUGUGUAAAAAAAGUUAAAGCAUUGAGCUAUUGUAAUUUAUUUAUCGCUAUAAUAAAUCUGCCAGAGUGCUUUUUUUACAGUUGA